AUGGCGGAUCUAAAAGGCAGUGCACUGGUUAUUUUGGCCGAAGGUGCUGAAGAAAUGGAAGCAGUGAUCACCACAGACGUGCUUCGACGUGGGAAGGUAUCUUGGCGUAUGUAACCGCUUCUAAUAAGUUUGUAGGUGUGAUAUUUAUGGAAAAUGAGAAUGCAGUUCAUGAAGUACACACCUCAAAGUAUUGCCAAACAUAUAAGCUUAAUUAUUUGCAAGCUUAAUUAGGAAGACCUCGGAUAACAACAUAUAUGCCAACUGUCCCGGAUUAUCCGGAAGUCUCUCGGAUAUGGCACCGAUCUCCCACUAUCCCAUAUGGGUUACCAAAUCUCCCGGAUAACAUCAUCUUUUGCGCUUUUCUGUGCUUUAGUUUGAGAGUUAGCCCAUUUCCCUCUCCAAAUUUGAAUUUUUUUUAUUCGUAGUAGGGUUUCAGGGCAGUAUGCACUGAAAAAGAUUAUUUUGGCAUCAAAACGAUGAACGUGAAUUUUUAUAGUAUGUAACGUCAUGUAAGACUUCAAAUAAUGUCCAUAGCCAUUCCCAUUGGGGACUGGGUCAAUUUGUUGGGGGGGGGGGUCCGUUGAAAUUCGGGGGGGGGGGGGUGGGGAAAAAGAGACAGUCUCCAGAUUUUAGAUCUCCAGAGGUUGGCAUCGCAUCUCUGUAACAAUGACCUCAACCAGGUUGACGUCCAGCAAUUUUAGUGACAACAAGGGAUUGGGUGGGGUGUUCAGUCUCGUGGACUCAUAAAACCUGGUCAUGGUCAUUCUUAUUUAAGGAUUUUCACUUAGUUAAUUAAACUUACUUGAUUUAUCCGAUCCAGCCACCCAAAAGGUGGAUAUCACCAAAAACCAAAGAAAUCUCUAUCUGCUGGAUAGUUUAGUUGGUUUCCCUAAUACUUAUCUACUGGAUAGUGAUUUAUCCGGUGGAUAGCGCUUUCCAGGGUUUUAGGGGUAUCCAGUAGCUUUUGAAUGACUGCCAACUGUGCCCAGCAGUGAGUGGGUUGGUGGGUUGGUAGGUGUGGCUCUUUGGAUGCAAAAAAAGGACGGUAUUUAGGGGUCGGACUUCUGAUUGCAGUUAUUUCUCUUUUAGUUGAUGUCCUAUUGAUUGUCAGUUUUAUGUGAAAUUCACACAGCUUGAUGCAAGAAUGUUUAAAUGUAGCAUAUAUUUGAAUAUUUGUAAUGUAGUUGUUACAUAUUAAAGUUUUAAUUAACUUAACAAGUUAAAGAGUAUUUAUCAGAACGGUUUUAAUUUGUAGAUUUUGUUUCAGGUUAAGACAGUGGUUGGAGGUCUUGCUGGAGGUGAUGCUGUCACAUGCAGUCGAUAUGUUGUGGUCAUCAAACCAGAUAUGAGUUUAUUUAGAGGAUGCCAUUAAGCAGGUAGGAGGUAACAUGUAAAAAAAGGAAAAUUUGUCUUCUUUCUUAGAAAAAGAGUCAUUUAGAAGUUGCCUGGAAUUGUCUAAAACAGAAUACUUUCAGUCCAACCGGAAAAGUUUUGGGGAAACAAGUCCGCAUUUGAAGCUGGAUCAGUUGUCUGUUUUGGACCUGUCUUAAUCCAUUUGCCCCUGAAUCACCCUUAGCUGCCCCUGCAGAUUCCACAUCCCUUCUACUGCCUGUGACAUCCUCAGUUUUAAUGGCCAAGGACAACUUUGUCUGCUAACUUGUGCAGGGUGAAGAGAUCUUUCAAACCAUACCAGAAUGAGCGUGAUUCAGUCAAGGAGACUGGAGAAAAAGGCAAAAAAAACCAUGUAACAUUGACCCCAAAAUUUCCAUGAAAAUCCUGUUUCACCCACCUACCUUUCCUUUCAUCUAAUUCCAAAAUCCUAAAAGCUUUCCCAAAAACUAUUCCCAGCAAAGUAAAGCUUAAUAAAUUCCCAGCAAAAGAGAAAAAAAAAAUGGUGCAAGAAAAGACUCGUGAAUUUAUGAAGAGGAGAGGAAAACAAAUGCAAAGAAAAAGUAAAGACUGUUGUGUCACUUUUCAACCCAAAAAAUUUUGCUUUCUGCGCAUGCUCAAACUUCGCAAGCUAACAUUUUGCAUCUGGAUCAGAAGGCCAGAAAGGCUAUGACCUGUAAACAGCUUUGUGGUAUAAGUUUUGCAUUAGCUCUUUAUACAUGUAGUCAGACAAUGACUAGAAAACUGCUCAACCAGCUUCCAAACGCUUUUUUUGGCAAAAUCCCCAGGAGUGAAUGGGUGAUCACAUUAACGGUGCCAUUCUAUAACUAUUUUUUAAAUUGUUGACUAUUCCCUUUAUAAAGACCAAAACUUUUGGAAAUUCAAAUUGAAAUUGAAAAUCAGUUUUUUUUGACAUUGUGUAGACAGCUCAUAAGGAACAUGGAAUGCAAGAUGAACAAUGCUUGAAAGGGAGAACACAGCAAGGGAAGAGGGAAUGCUUGUUUGAUAGAAAAAAGUUUUACUUUUAUUUUUAGGGUCCAUAUGAUGCUGUUAUUUUGCCUGGUGGAUUAGGAGGAUCUAACAACCUUGCUAAGGUAUUUAUAUUUUUUAAUUCUAAAUGAAAAUUUUGAGAGCUGAUGAGAGGCAAAGGCUUAAUUACUUUAAUUCUGUAUGAUUUACAGUCUGUGAAAGUUAAAGAGAUCGAUUCUCCAGGAACAAGAGCAAAGUGGAAGAAUAAUUGGAGCAAUUUGUGCUGGUAAAGAAAAUUUACUGUCAUAAAAGGCCUAGGUGUAAACUCUGGAAAACUGGUCCUUUUUUUGUUUUUCUUCUUUUUAAUGUACUUGAAACAUCUAGAGAAUGAUCUGUCAAGAUUUUAUUAGUAACAUUCUGAAAAUCGUAAUCAAGUUGAAAAAUUCUUACGAUUAAAAUUUGCCAGGGUUUUUCACUCUCUGAGUUUGAGAUGACUUGAAUCUGAUACGAGCCAGAUAGCAGCAAUUUGUUUAAUUGUGCAAGUGAUCACAAAAAUGUUUUUAAAGGCCCAUGGGGAUGCCUUUAAUACAAUGUACUUUGCUGUCAGGCUCAGCUUAACAAUUUUUAGAUGUAUCCUUAAAUCUUAUGAGGCUCCCUUAGUCUAACUGCAUUAUGGAGUUAGACGUCUACAACCUUUCUGAGAUUGGGAAUGAUAAGAUUGCAGCUGGAACUAUUCAGAACUGGAACAAUCUUACCAGGUAGAGUGAUUUUCGUAUGACCUUGAAAAAUGGUUUUGGUAAGUGUUUGUUAUUUACCUUAUCCGCCAAAGAAAACCGUACUAUGGAGAAGGCAUUGUUCAAUUAUUGGUCAAUUGUGUUGCAAUAUGACGUCAAAGUGAAGUAUCGACUGAUUUAAAGAAAGUUCUUUGGGCAUGAAUUUUUUUCAGCCGAGUGUUCGGUUAACCAGCCAAAAGCCACGCACAUUUGUUCACUUGUUUUCAUUUCAAUUUCAAACAAAAAUCACUCUUACCCUAACACUGUUGCAGGUGGCUAGUGGGCAAGCCCGCCUCUAAGUAUGAUAAUUGAAGCCUAAUUAAUAAUCCAUAAAAUAAUGCAAAAGGUAUUUUGAUCAGCACUACUAUAGCUAAAGCUUGUUGCCUUAGGGUGCUUUUUCUAUUCCGGUUAUCAGUGUUCUCCUUAUCAGGUGGUAACUGGUAAAAUUUACCCCUUGAAGCAACACUUCUUACCGCCUGCAACUGCUUUAAGUGUUACUAUAAUUAAACAUAAAUAAGUUGUCUCAAAAAACAUGCAAGUUGUACGUGAUCCAAGCCAAUCCUCACAAGUAAAGGAAGUAAAUGCGGAAAAACAAAAAGUAUACACAGCUAUUCUCUCUGAUUACUUAAUAAUAUUUAAAUGCUAACUGGUACCUUUCAAAGCACUGCAGGCUAACAAUUUUUUCAUGGGUUCCUGUCCCAAUUCUAGAAUAUUUUCUCGACCAGUAGGAAAAGUUCACGUCUCCCGCGACUUUGUGUUACUAAAUUAACCCUCUAGCGGUAAAUGCAGGCUUCAUUCAUAAAAUUCUUUGUUUUGAGGUGUUAAAAGUACUUUUCAGUCAAUUGAUUGACAGGAUGCUCAAAAAUAAAAGUCUUAAUGAAUGAAAAUUCUCUCCCCCUCCGCCAUGAGAGUGCGCCUCUGGUGCAUAUUUUUGGUCUUACUGGUCAAAAAUGUUUUUUAACUUGCUGAGCUAAAAUUUAGGGAGAACACUGGGUUAUGAGCCCGUCCUUUUAUAAGCCCUCCUAAGAUGUAAAAGCCCCUGGCUUAUAAGUGCAGUUCAUGUUACAUGUAUGUCUUAAGUCGACAUAAGACCAGUGCAGUCAACUCUCCCGGAUAAUCCGGGAGACCCCCGAUUUUGAACCGUUUCUCCCGGUCUCUAGAUUCGACUUUCUGUCAAUGAAGUUUAAAAUAUUUUGCAUUGUUUGAGCUAUUUUAACUUUUAUCAUUGAACGUUUCCUCAGAAAGCAUAGUAUGCCAUUGUAAUAUUUAAGCAAUAAUGUGAUUGGUGGAGGGGGAAGUAAACCAAUCAAGUACAAAUGUUACAAUUCCAACAACAUCUUUUUUGCAUGUUUUAUUGCCCAAAUGACGUCAUGUUUCAUGCAUUAUGACAUCACCUAUUAUCCCUUCCCUGUCAAUUCUCAAUAUUUGAAGAUGUCAGGGGUUGACAGCCCUGUAAGACUGAGUCUACUAUUUUGCUUUUCAUAUCUUAAUAGUACAGAAUAUAACGCAGUAACUUUUGUUUUCAUUGUUUUGUGGAACACCUAGUCUCCCUCGCAGCCGUUUUUUGGGAGCAUUGCGUGACAUCCAAAAAACGGCUACGAGGGAGACUAUGGAACACCUCGAGGUCUGAAACUGAAGAAAAUGUAGGUCCUAGUUCAAGCCUUGUUGUCAUACUUUUUCCUUAGACAAAAAACUUUGCUCCACUUUAUAUCUCAGGGGGAGGGUGCAGGGGAUACGCACCCCCCCCUGAGAUGACCUGCGGUUUUCUAAUACAACUGGUAUUCUGCAAAAAAAAAACUAUGUGGUUUAUUGGUGUUGAAGUAGAGCAAGAAACAAGUGCACCCCCUCCUAAAAAAAAUCCUGGAUCUGCCCCUGUAUCUCUUCACCCAAGUGUAUAACUAGGUACCAGCGACUUGGUGUGAUGGACUAACAUCCUAUUCAGAGGGGAGAGGGUGGUAGAAAUAUUUCCAGCUGCUUAGUUUUGCCAUGGAAAAUGGAAUAAGCUCCGUGCUGAUGAGCAAUUUGGUUUGUAUGCAGACUUUAACCUAAACCUUUGUUUCAUACUGCAGCCCCAACUGCUCUUCAUACUCAUGGAAUUGCUAAAGAAAAGAUUGUCACAUCACAUCCUUCUGUCAAAGAUAAACUGGAUCAGGUAUGAUUUCACAUGACUGCAUACAUUUUUCAUUCUAAAUUGAAAAAUAAACAAAUAUUUGUGUAGCCUGCAUAUUUUUUGUAAAAAGCUAAAACUGGCAUGUCCCUUAGAAAAAAUUCUACCCUGCAAAAACCCUGUGAGAGCCCUGUAAAAUCCUGUUUCCAGCCCUGUUUACGUUAUUUCAGAGCUGUAAACUGGCUGUAACAGGGCUGUGACACAGCUGCAACUUACUUGAGUUAAAACAAGUGGAGCUGUGACAGGGCUGUAAAAGUGUACAUAGUUAAGUAUAACAAGCCUGUUACAUGGCUGUGAAAAUAUCCAGUUACCGUAACAGGGUUAAGACAGGGCUACCUAAUAAUGUAGAAGAACUAGGACAGGGAUGCAGAAUGGCUGUGUUAGGUACAUUUGACAGUAACCGGGUUACUGCAGAGCUGUGAGAAGUCUAUUUCUGUUCACACAAUGGAUAAUAAUCAAAGGGCAGUAACAAUGUAGCCAAGUAUGCUAAACUCCAUAAAUCAGUAGAAAGAUGGCAAUAUUUUUCUAAAGUCUAAAAGUGUUAAAAGGUGCGAGGGUCAGCUAGAUCAUUUAUAACAAAUAAAACGAAAAGAACUUGGUGAAAAUGGUAUCGCGAAAUCAUCAAACACGAUUAUUGUACACCUUUUAAUAUGCUGUUUUUGGUUUUGUUUGGAUUUCCUUCGUUUUUUCUUUUUUUUCAUUGAUACUAACAUUAAUUAAUUCCUGAUUUCGUGGCUACCUUUGUAGUUUGAAGUUGCUUUCUUUAUAUUUAUAUAUUUUACUUUUAUCUCAUGUUAAAAACGAAGACCUUCUUAUGAUCAACUUACCACUUUUACAAACACCUAUUACAUCAGCUCCUGUUCUUCCUGUUCUUUUAAAUAAAAAAAACCGCCGAAACUUAAUUAGUUUUUACAGUACUAAAAAUGAAAGACUUUUAGAUCACUUCAAUUUGUUUUCUUGCGUGAGAGACCUCUGCAAGCAUGGAAUUAAAUUCUUUAUCGAGGGAACUUCAAUAAUUAUCUUCAUUCCAUGACAGACACGCCAUCGGUAAUUCCCUGGAGAAAUCCAAGACCUUAAUCUUAUUGGUCAGCACUGUUACCGGAAGAUCGUGUUACACAUCUCCAUUCCUGAAACAACUUACGAUCAUUUGAAUCAAGGUGAAAAUAUUCACACGUUUUCUAGUGCAUCCAGUUUGGAUUCAAAAAGGCUGUAGAGCGUUUUUUGCUGCUUUUGAAGCAGAGAGUGAAAAAGUAUUAGCAAAAAAAUAAUUGUGCUUUGACCAGCUCUCAACGAAUGGGAAACAGAUCGAUCUAGUGGACAGAAAACAUUCCGCGGCACUUGCAAGAUUCAAAGAUUGUUUGCCCUGCCUAGAAAUAAUGCAGCAACAACUGAAACACAAAUGGAUUGGCUCUUUUCAUGAGGAAAUGUAACACAUUGUGGAUAAUGAAGGAAAGACGAUCGAGGUGAGCGAUUUCAAAUUAAGCCUUGUUACGACGAACCAGACAAGAGAACUAUUAUAAACUGUCAAAAUCGGAACCGUUGUUACAAUGGAACAAUUCCGCGUUUCAUCUCUUAUAAUUGCUGACAAAAAUCAUUGAUUUUUUGUUUUUUGAGACAGUUAUUGUAAAGUCGGCAUUUUGACGUGCUAGUUGUACAUUAAAUCAAGCAACUAUGACAAGAUGUUUACAAGCCAGAUCAGACUGUUGCAAUGCAGUUCAAAUUUUGUUCUGUUUAUAUUUUUACACACUGUAACAUGGGCAAGUGAAAAAUAAAGUAACGUUAAGUUCUUAAUUGACUGUAUUUACUGUUUUCCUUUAUUGAAAGUGUUCUUUCAAUGCAUGUUUGUUGAAAUGCAUUGCUUUUGUUUACUUAAGUGACUAAACGGACUAAACCAGCCGUUGGUGGUUCAACUUUGAAGCUUUUUGUGGCGCAAAUCGUUCCUUUGCUUCAGGAAUUUUCAUGAGUUCAAAUAUGCCUAAAAAAGGUGAAGUUUCAUCUUUAAUAGAUAUGAAGUUAUAAAAAAUCAUGUUCUGAUAGUACUAUAAUCCCACUGUAUAGAAGUUAAACGGCUGCUGUCUAAAGUGUAGAUUGUGUGAGAGGGAGUAUCACAACAUUGGCACCUGGUAAAAAAAACAGCCUUGUUAACUGCCACUUAACAAGUUGCAACAGGGUUGUGAUGAAUGAAACCUGUACCAAGGCUGUUAAAGGAAUGCCACAGUGUAAAAACAGCCUUGCUAACUGUGCCAAUUCACGAGCUGUGGCAGGGAUGUCCAUCACAGGGUGGAAACAGGGUUGUAACAUGGCUGUUACAGGGUGUCUACUAAGAAAUUUUGCGUUAAACGUGACAGGGCUGUUCCAAGGCUGCUGCAGUGUAGAAACAGCCUUGCUAACUGUGCCAAAUGACGAGCUGUAACAGGGUUGUUACAGGUUAGUUUUACAACCCUGUUCCAGUGAUGCUACAGAGCUGUUACAGGGUAGAAAUUUUGUUAAGGGGUACCAUGAGUUGCUAUACCAUUUUAAGGAAGUUAAUUUUUAGACAAUUAGGUUGAAUAUUUUUUGCCAAGUCUUCAUUUGAAAUUAUUGUUUGACUCACCAAGCAGCACUGUAUGUCCUGUAAGCACAAAAUGGCCCUAAAGUGUUUUUUUAGGUGACCUUAUUAUUUACUUUGGCUAAGUACUUAUGUUUGGUUGGUUUAACUUCUAUUUUUAAUUAUUUAAAAUAGAAGUUAAACCAACCAAACAUGAAUCUCAUACAAAGUAAAUAAUAAGGUCAACUAAAGUUGAAAUCCUACAAUUGAUACUAAGAAAUCUCUGUGUGAUGUCUAACAUACAUACGUACAUAGGUUUAUUCAAAGCAAAUACAACAUUAAUGUAUACAAAAGAAUGCUGAGAAAAGGGCCGGAGUUUAAGAGGUUGACCCUAUGUAAACAGUGACAGUUCUUUUUCUUGUCCUUCAAGAAAUUGAUGAUGUUCUCAAUCUGGAAACUUAAGGAUAGAAUAAACAUUAUCAUAAACUCUGUAUAUUUUAAAUGUAUAUGGUAACGUUUCUGUGUUCUUCAUGCAAAUGAAGAACUGCUGUUACAAGUUUGGGGGUCUAAAAUUUGAUUGUUUUUGUCUUAAAGGUUACACCUACUCUGAAGACCGAGUUGCAUUGUUCGAGAUGGAAACCUGGUAACUAGCAGAGGACCUGGAACUGCUUUUGAGUUUGGUAUUGAACUUGUACAUGCUGUACGAGGUGAUGAUGGUGAAGCUGAGAAGCUCGCUGGCCCAAUGCUGAUUAAAUAG